AUGGAUGACCACGAGCCGUCUCCACGUCUGCGUUCGCCGCGUCGCAGUUCACCGGCCGCAAGUCACACCUCGUCCCAUAUGGUCUUUGAGCCUCCACCCUUACGUCGUGAUGCUGGUGGCACUUCGUUGCACUUUACUACGCAACUAGCAGUUACACCGUCUCCUGACCACGAAAUGCUGCCGACUACAGCCUUAAACGCCACAUCUCUACACUGUUCCUCUUCCUAUGGAACAACUCGAUUGUCGGUCGAUUCUUUGCGCUCUCAACAAGACGCCAGUGGUCCAUUUCAUGCCUGGAAACGAAGCGUCACGGAAGUUUUGCAUGCUGCACCUUGUGUUGUCAUUGCUGUGCUUGUAAAUUUAAUGAUCUGUGUCCCAUUUGGAUUGUCCUUUUUUCCUGUAGAGUGGAAAGAUAUUCCGGUCCCACAUGCUUUAGGCAUACAGAUGUUUCUAUUGACAUCAGCCAUUUGUCAGUUUACGUUCGUCCUGCUCAGUAAUUUUGACGGAGCCAUUUGUCAAAUGAUGGUGGAAAAUGUGCCAUUCAUGCACACAAUUUCCAUGGCAAUUAUUCAAGAACUAGGACCCAAGAGUUCAAGUGUCUUGCCGACGAUAUUGGUCACCUAUGCACUGUCGUCAGUUGUAUGUGGUGCACUGUUCUACGUCCUGGGACACUGGAAGCUUGGCAAUAUUGUGUACCUUUUCCCAAAACACAUUAUUGUGGGUGCUGUAGGUGGGAUUGGAGCAUUUGUGCUGCAGAGCGGAAUUGAAAAUGCUACAGGACGUGUGUUUAGCUGGUCCAGGGAUGGCAUUGAGGGUCUUUUUGACCACGAGAUCGUGUGGCUCUGGGUUAGUUCAGCUAUCUUGGCAUUGGCCUUGUUCAUUCUUGCACGCCAGAUCAAGUCGCCAUUGUUCCCGCCGCUGUUUUUCGUGUCUAUUCCACCACUUUUUUACGUGGUAUUGCUACUGUUGGGCAUUUCGACAGACUCUGCUCGCGAGCAUGGUUGGUUUUUUGACCGUGCGCCAAACGUAGCUUUCUAUACGCUGUGGGAACAGUAUGACUUUUCGCGAGUGGCCUGGCAUGUCAUCCCGAGACAAUUUGGAACGAUCGUCGGCUUAACUUUUUUCUCUCUCAUGCACGUGCCGAUUAACAUUCCAUCGCUCAGUCUCACUACUGACAAGGAAGUGGAUAUUAACGAUGAACUAGUUGCUCACGGUAUCUCGAACACCUUGGGUGGACUGUGCGGUAGUGUGCAGAACUAUCUCUGCUAUUCAACAUCAGCGCUGUACUUCAAGUGUGGAGGCACUGGACGUCGCAGUGGUUUUGUCAUUGGACUUAUCAUGUUGUUUUUCUUCUUUGUUGGGCCCAACGCUGUCUCCUAUAUCCCCCGAUGCAUGGCAGGCUGUGUUAUGAUGCAUCUUGGACGGGAUCUUUUGAAGGAAGCACUCAUUGACACAUACGACCAGCUUGAUGCAUUGGAACUCGGCACUGUGUGGGCUAUAGCGGGGACCAUGACGUUCUGGGGCAUGAAUCAAGGUCUGGCUGUCGGUGCCUUGCUUGCCUGUAUGACUUUUGUGAUGCAGAGUGCACGCACACCGACCAAUGCCCCAAUCCGUGGAAGCAUGAGUGCUGCUACUCUACGAUCUCACACAUGGCGUACUACGGAAGAGCUGGACGUGCUGGACCGUGAGUGUCGUAACAUCCACGUUGUGCAGCUGAAGGGACACCUUUUCUUUGGCAACAUCAACCAGCUUAGCGAUUACGUGCGCAACCUCUUUCAAAAAGGCCCUUGUUCUACGAUCAGUGGGGUGGGGUUUCCACUCGAAAGCGUACUAAGUGAUGAUGUUCGACCACGACUGGCUAUUCGCUGGCUUGUGCUCGACUUUACGUUGGUGGUCGGAUUGGACUCUUCUGCAGCGGACCGACUUACCAAGAUCAAGUAUGCAUGCGACACACACAACUGCAAGAUUGUGUUUGCAGCCGUGCCAUGCGCUUACAAUAAGUUCACUGAGCAUCUUAUCGAGCUUUUUGGUGACAACCGCAUGCUACAUAUCGCAUCGGAUUUGGACAGCGCGCUAGCAUGGUGCGAGAACGAUAUACUUGGAAAAUUUGUGGCCGACAAGGACCUGUCUCCUCCAAGUACAUGCGAUGCAGACGAAGACGAGCUCACGCAUCUACUCAACCUGCGGCGAUUCAUGCCGGAUCAGCCGCUAUCCGUACAGCAACGCCUGCUUGACUACUUUUACAUCCAGGAAAUCAACGAGGAUGAAGUUGUAUGGAGGCAAGGCGACACCCCGGACCGUGCGCUGCUGCUUAUUGAUGGAGCGCUAACUGCCGUGGUCGAGGAAGAAGCUGGUACAACAGAGAAUGUAUCGGUAGGGUCGGUUGUGGGUGAAAUGUGCUUUUUGACGGGUGAGAAGCGCAAGACUUCUCUCAUUGCAACGAAACGCAGUGUAGUGUAUGUUUUGGACUGCAAGAGUUUUGCAAAGAUGCUCGAAAAGGACUGCUACCUAGCUUUUCUCUUUCAAGGCAUCUCGCUACGCUACACAUCCUACCGAUUACAAUACGUUGGCAAUCGUAUCUGGGAAACCAAAUGCCUCCCAAUCUAA